AUGGACUCUGCUGAUGAAGCUGAGCUGCGGGACCUGAUCAACGAUGUUGUUCAAGCUGCAAAGAUUACCGCCAAAAAGCGAUUUGUCUCAAUCAAGCCCACCAUCGAGAACCUCACCUCACGCGCAUACGAUCAAGGCCUCUCACCAGACGCGCUGAGCGAGCUCAUUUCACUCAUCACAAAGCCCAGCCACCUCGAUCAAGCCAGCCUCAACUCACUCAUCAGCAACUUGUACCCGUCUAGUCGUAUUUCCUCCGAUGUCAUCCUCAGAGUCAUUGGCUGUCUGGGGCGCGGGGAGCUCAAGCCUUCCUUGCCCAUCCAGGCUGGCUUGUUGAGGUGGCUCGUCAUGGUGUAUCAAACCAUUGAGACUCCAGCUAUUCUCUCACAGUCAUAUGCUAUCCUGUUCAAUCUGUUAGAUACAGCAGCCAUCAGCCUAGGCCUAUCUCGACAGACGGGCCACGAUCCAGCGUUGACAGGACUCCUGCGAAUAUUCAAAGACUACUAUCCUGAGAUCAUCGUUGGCGACGCCAUCAAGGGCAAGGCAUCUGCUUUCAAGCACCCCGAUACGCAAUGGCGCGACCGGCUGGGCGUAAUUCAACGCGACUAUGCCCAGCGCUCCACAGCCGCUGUCUCACAACCUCAGAACGGCUUCACAGUGAGCAGACACACUGCCAGCGGCGGGCGAGGACCGCGUCCGUCUGGUGUCCCUGCUGUUCACACUUCUUAUGCCGACGAGGAAAUUGACAGCGCUGAUCGACUGGCCCAAACGCUGGAAAAGAUCGAGGUGCCGAAUCAGCUAGCUGCUGUCCUCGCCGACCCGCUGCUUCAGAAGUUCGUUGCUUUGAGGAAGGACGAUGUCAUGUCGCGCCGCAUAGUGCAUUGGUUGGACGCGCUCCUCGGUGAUGUCGUCUCGGGAAACGCAGACACCAAGACCUUCGAGGACACCAUGGAGGUCCUCCGAGACUAUGUCUCCCGCGUCAAGCGGUACGCCGAGGACCUCGGCUCCGAUCUCGCGCUGCCGCUGCUCUUUGGCCUAUCGCACUCGCCGCUGCUGAGCCUGCAGUCCAUCUCUUGCGUGCGCGCGCUCGAGGAUGAGGCGUUCCGCGGCGACGGGGGCGUCAUGAUCGCCACGCGCCACGCCGGGCCCGUGACGCAGGCGAGUCUGCAGCGGCUCGCGGCCGCGCGUGGCCUGCCGCUCAAGUGGGCCGAGUACCGGCUGCAGGUGCUCCGGCAUCUCGAGAGGGAGGGGUUCGUGGGCGUCAUGGACUUCAUGAAGAAUAUCCUCAAGGUUCUGCAGGGCACGGGAAACGCGUCGAGUCAGGGGAGCCAGGGCUCGCGCGCGUCGCUAGGGUAG